CAUCUGUGAUUCUGUCCGCUUUUCGGCUGCGCAAAAAGAAGAAAAUAAAAAAAAAUUUUAAAAAAGCGCCAGUAGCGAUGGAAAUGGGAAGCAUUUCCACUGGCGCCCCGACCAGCUCCGUUUCUGUGCGGCACCAGCUCAAAUGUGCCGAAAAAGAAACGCACCUGCAGGAGAACAAUGACGGACAGUGCUCUGGUCUCUCCAAGGUCUGGCUGGCUUACAAACACGCGUCGCAGCAGCUGAGUUCGUCUGGAAUCAAAGCGGGCUUAGGUCUGCUUAAAGUAGCCACGUCUCAGUGGAAAGAGGAGAAGAAGACAGGCGGCGCAAAGAACAGCCAUCCCGCCAAGCGAUCCUCGUUGGAUCAGCUAACAGAUUUAGUCUUUCACGGCCCGACCCGUCGCAGCGGUCUGCAGCACCGACCGGACCCGCUUUACCUCACCAAGCCGCAGAACUGUAAACGCAUCGUAGUUCUCGGUGCGCCGCGGGUUGGUAAGACCGCCAUCCUCAGAAGAUACCUCCGGGACGGGUUUGUGGAGGAGUACAGUCCGACCUCUGAGGAUUUCCUUAGGAAGUUAUUUUGCAUCCGCGGGGAGACCUACCAAAUAGACAUCCUGGACGCGUCCAGGGAGAGGGAUUUCCCGGCCAAGCGGCGACUCUCCAUUCUCACUGGAGAUAUUUUCCUACUCGUCUUCAGCCUCGACGACAGGAGCUCUUUCGAGGAGGUGUGCAACCUGCGAGAGGAGAUUUUGGCCGCUAAAUCCAAGCUCACCAAGUCCUCGGUGCCGGGGCAUUGCGCACAGCCGCGGGUCCCGCUCGUGGUCUGCGCCAACAAAGCGGACCUUGACUCCCAGAGAGGGAUUUCACGCGCGGAAGUGCUCAAAGCACUCGGCGGUGACUGCACGUAUUUUGAAACAUCUGCGAAGGACAGCACCAACCUCGACAAAGUCUUCGAGACCCUGGCGAAGCGGGGCGGCCUUCCGACGGAAACGGGUCCGUUUCAGCACCGCAAAGUGUCCCUCCGGUCGUACCAGGCCAUGCGGACGGACCGGGCGGCGUGGAAGGGUGGAAAGGUGGAGAGGCGAGAUGAUCCCUGUGGCACCCUAUACCCACUGGCCCGUCGGCCGAGCUUCACCACAGAUCUUCGGCAGAUCAUUGGGCCACGGAAGGGAACAAAACCGGGCCAAGGACUAGAGAAAUGUCAAAUUCAGUAACGGACUGAGAGCGAUUACAUCAAACUCCAGUCCUCAAGGGC